AUGCAGCCUCUCAUCCUUUACGCCCACGGCCCCACGCCGAACCCCGUCAAGGUCGCCAUCAUUCUGGAGGAGCUUGAGCUGCCCUACGAAUGCAAGGUCCUUGACAUGAAGACGGAACUCAAGGCCGAGCCUUUCAUCUCCAUCAACCCCAACGGCCGCCUCCCGGCCCUCGAGGACCCCAACACUGGAGUCAAGCUCUUUGAGUCCGGCGCCAUCAUCGAGUACCUGGUCGCGACGUACGACAAAGAGUCCAAGCUGCACCACACCAGCUCGCCCGAGCAGUGGCUGGAAAAGUCGUGGCUGCACUUCCAGAUGUCCGGCCAAGGCCCGUACUUUGGCCAGCACGUCUGGUUCAUCAAGUACCACGCCGAGAAACUCCCCUCGGCAAUCGAGCGCUACGGCAACGAAAUCAAGCGCGUCACGGGGGUACUCGACGCGCACCUCAAGAAGGCCGGCACGCCGUACCUGGUCGGCGACAGGGUGUCGUACGCGGACCUGGCGUGGGUGCCGUGGCAGGGGCUCUACGGCCUGUUCGAGCUCGGCGGCUGGGACUGGAAGGCGGAGCACCCCAGCUUCGCGGCGUGGCACCAGCGGCUGGCGGAGCGGCCGGCGGUGAAGAAGGUGUAUGCGAUGGAGGAGUUUCAGUUUAAGAAUUAG